GGCGUCCAGUCUCCUAGCAACGACGCUCUGCCGGUUGAGCUCGGCUCUUUUCUCUCGAUCCGCACCCGCCACUCUCUCUACCCACAAUCCGCCAGGUUUGCAAACCCCUUCGCACCCCUCAAAAAACUCUAGAGCUCCCGCCUCGAUUUACUUUUGUCUUCUACCCCACCUCAUUAAUUGGCUCUGAAUUAGCCACCUGCCCUCGUCCCUCGAGUCUCCGAGCUUCUCUCGCCUGCUACCAUCCUGCGUUCCGCCAUCCCCGAGGUGGUCCAAGUUGGUUGGCUUCCCUUAGUUCUCUUCCUGUGCCAGGCCAGUAGCCUUUAGAUCAUGCCCGGAGCUAAGCUUGCCCAGAGUCCAGAGGAAGAGAGCGUGUGCAUUACCGAAGCCCUUAUCACUAAGCGGAACUUGGCCUUCCCUGAGGAUGAGUAUCUGUCGGAGAAGAUGUUUCACACUCUUGCUGAACUGCAGACUGUCCGCCUGGACCGGGAGGGGAUUACCACUAUUGGGAACCUCGAGGGCCUACAGAAACUUCACAGCCUUUAUCUGCAAGCGAAUAAGAUCCAGCGAAUUGAGAACCUGGCCUGCAUCCCCUCCUUGCGCUUCCUGUCUCUGGCAGGAAACCAAAUCAAGCAGGUGGAAAACCUCCGUGACCUCCCAUAUCUCCAGUUUCUGGACCUUUCUGAGAACCUGAUAGAAACACUGAAGCUGGAUGAGUUCCCCCAGAGCCUUCUCAUCCUCAACCUGACUGGAAACAGCUGCACCAACCAGGAUGGGUACAGGGAGCUGGUGACAGAAGCCCUGCCAUUGCUCCUGGACCUGGACAAGCAGCCUGUGGUAGAGCACUGGACCUUGGAUGAGGAAGAUGAAGCCUCAGGCGAUGAGGAUGAGGAGUUCCCAGAGCUAAGCAGCCCAUUCUGCACAGAGCGAGGCUUCCUCAAGGAGCUAGAGCAGGAGAUGAGCAGACACAAGGAGCGCAGGCAGCAGGCAGCCCUGACCGAGCACCUUCUGAGGAUGGAGACAAAGCCCGCCCUCACUGACCUCCCCCAGCUGCCUGGGGAGCCCAUGGCAAGGGACAGCAGUCCUUCUGUCACUCCCAGGCAAAGGAAGGAGACAUCCCCCAAGCCCACUUCCUUGUCACAAGCUACCUCUGCCACCAGGAAACUCUGCCCGCUGGUUUCCAGCCAGCAAAGCAUCACUCAGGCAAAGAAGGGAACCAGAGCAGCCCUAGUCCCUAAGGCCUCUCUGGCUGGGGCCCCCGGCACAAACAAAACUGUGACCAAGAGAAUCAAGAAAUGAAGUACAUACAGCCUAGCCUUAUCAGCAGUACCAGGGGAACAAGGGAUGGGGAAGAACAGGGCAUGAAGUGGGGCCUCCCCUCCUUCUCUGACCCCUCACCUGUGGCAGAAACCUAUCUCAGUAAAACG